GAAAGAGCCUAGUUCAAUCACCUCAAGUUUAGGUCCUGUAGUACCAUUACUUCGGUUGUUUUCUCUCACCGGCUUUCUAAAUCCUUCAGCAGUUUGAGAAUCUUCUUCCUAAAUCUUCAGUUUUGAGCUUCAAAGUUCUUUCCUCUCGAAUUUUGCAGAAAAUUUAAAUCAAAACCGUGUUCGAAACCCUAAUUCUGUUCAUUUUUGAGCUUGAUCCCAAUUUUCGUGCGAUACUGAUCCUCAAACCCUAGCCUCCAUGGCGUCGAGAAAGAAGCAGUUGGAGGGCAUCGCUUUGCUGUCCAUGUACAACGACGAGGAAGAGGACGACGAGAUGGAGGACGCAGACGGAGGAGAAGAGGAGCGGCGAGAACCGCCGCGAGACGACGAUUACGGAGAGCCAAGGAGUGCCGAAGAUGCUCCCAUGGCGGACGGCGAUAGGAUUGUGACUGGUGAUUCCGGUAACGAGGAAAAUACGCCGCGAGAUGUUGUCGACGAGGAGAAUUCCGCUCCCGGUAAAGGUCAGUUCCGUCCUUCCACGCCGCUGCAAAAUCAGGCUUUGUUCGCGUCGCCGUUUCAGCAGCAACAGCCUAUGGAUUCGGAUAAUGCGAGGAGUAGAAGAAGGAAGCUUGCAAUUGUGGAUUACGGUCAUGAUGAAAUUGCCAUGUCUCCUGAGCCUGAGGAGGGCGAAAUAGGAGGAAGUGGUCGCGUCAUGCUUGGCACGGAUCUAGAAUCUGUAAAUGGUGAUUUCCAUGAUGGAACAACUCCUGGAACGGCUCAGGUUCGAACACCUAGCAAUCAAGCAACUCCCCUAGUAUCCUAUCCGUCACAAUCUGAUAAAAUGAACUCUGCGGUGCAUGAUUUAGAGAUUGGAGAUGCUACAGAGGUUAUAGAGGAGCAAAAAGAUGUUGACCCGUUAGAUAAGUUCCUUCCACCACCACCAAAAGUUAAAUGCUCCGAGGAGUUGCAAAGAAAAAUAAAUAAGUUCCUUGAUUAUAAGAAAGCUGGGAAAAGCUUCAAUGCAGAAGUGCGCAACAGGAAGGACUAUCGAAAUCCAGAUUUCCUGCUGCAUGCAGUGAGUUAUCAGGAUAUUGAUCAGAUAGGGUCUUGCUUCAGUAAAGACGUAUUCAAUCCCCACGGAUAUGACAAAAGUGACUACUAUGUUGAAAUAGAGGCUGAUAUGAGGCAUGAGAUGGAUAGAAAGGAACAAGAAAGAAAGAAGAAUCAGAAGGUUGAUUUUCUUUCAGGAGGGACACAACCUGGAAAUGUUGUUGGUGCUCCCAAAAUUAACGUGCCUAUUCCAGGCGUUCCAGCUGUGGCUGUUGCUGGGUUACAUGCCGCUCCGCCAUCUGCUGAUGCAAUCCCCCGGGAUGGUAGACAGAACAAGAAGUCAAAGUGGGACAAGGUAGAUGGAGACCGAAGGAAUCCUCUCCCUUCCAGUGUGCCGGAUUCUAUAUCCGCUGUUGGAGCUCAGGCAGCAGUCUUAUCUGCUGUCAAUGCUGGUGCUGGAUACAUGGCCUUUGCGCAGCACAGACGGCGAGAGGCAGAAGAGAAAAGAUCUAGCGAUAGGAAGUUAGAGAGAAGAUCUUGAUAAUCUGUUGUACUUCCCAAUAGUUACUAAUAUACACACAAUUUUGAAAUCUGAAAUUGAUAUAGCCAUUGCAACAAUUUCCCCAACUUAAGUUAGUAAAUUGGGGUUGUAUUUUUGUUAUAAUGUCUCUGUAUAUUUAUGGAAUGA